AUUACUGGAUGAUGUUGAAGUGGAUCUUUUGGAUGUUGGUGAUUGUGACUUUACCAUUGACCUUAAGGUUCUUUGUUUCCGCUCUUUCUUGGCUGGUACCAAAUGCCUUACUCGCUUUAAAUGGUAUAUUCCAUGUUGCAAAACUCAAAAUAACAGCAGCUGGAAGACUGGCUAUCGCUUUUUUACGUGUAGCUGUGCAUCUUAUAGUAACAGUACCUUGGAGACGUAUCGCCAACCGUUACCACUCAUCAUUAAGUGACGUCCUCCCAGACUGGAUGACGUUGAAGUGGAUCUUUAUUCACGUCAAAUGUGCUAUCGACAGAGGAACAAAAACGAUCGUUGUGGCUAUGGCGGCUGUCUUAAAGUGGAUGGCGAUUUUGACUCCACGCUUGACCUCGACCAUCUUUGUGGUGUUAAAAACAAUCGUUCUUUGCGCUCUUUCUUGGCUGGUACCAAAUACCUUACCAGCUUUAAAUGGUAUAUUUCAUGUUGCAAAACUCAUAUUAACAGCAGCUGGAAGACUGGCUAUCGCUUUUCUAUAUGCAAUUGUGCCUCUCAUAGUGACAGUACUUUGGAGACGUAGCGCCAACCGUGGCCACUCAUCAUCAAGUGACGGUUGGUAACAAAUAUUAAAUGUCCAAUAAAUCACUCUUACAGUCAACUGUCUAACUGACAGACUGAUUAACCAACCAAUCUACCGUCCGAUAUGAUGACUGACUGAGUGACUGACCGACUGACUGACUGGCGUCUGGACGGCGUAUGGACUAGGCCAAAAUUAUUCUCAUUUAA